GAUGCGGUGCUGUGUGAGCAACGCCUACUGGCGCGGUGUGCGCGAGGAGCUGCGCCAGGUGGUCUUUGGGAGGAAGCUUCCUGCCUUUGCUACAAUCCCCAUCCACCAGCUGCAGCAUGAGAAGAAGUAUGACAUCUACUUUGCUGAUGGGAAAGUGUUUGCCUUAUACAGGCAGCUUUUGCAGCACGAGUGCCCGCGAUGCCCUGAGCUGCCACCUUUUGGCCUCUUUGGGGACCUGGAGCAGCACAUGCGGAAGCAGCACGAGCUGUUUUGCUGCAAGCUGUGCCUCAAACACCUCAAGAUCUUUACCUAUGAGCGCAAGUGGUACUCGCGCAAGGACCUGGCUCGGCACCGCAUGCAGGGGGACCCCGAUGACACGUCGCACCGCGGGCACCCACUCUGUAAGUUCUGUGACGAGCGCUACCUGGACAACGAUGAGCUGCUCAAGCACCUGCGGCGCGACCACUACUUCUGCCACUUCUGUGACUCUGAUGGGGCCCAGGACUAUUACAGUGACUACGCAUAUCUGCGCGAGCAUUUCCGAGAGAAGCACUUCCUGUGUGAAGAGGGCCGUUGCAGCACCGAGCAGUUCACCCACGCGUUCCGCACCGAGAUCGACCUUAAGGCCCACAGGACAGCCUGCCACAGCCGGAGCCGUGCUGAGGCCCGCCAGAACCGCCAGAUCGACCUGCAGUUCAGCUACGCACCUCGGCACUCACGCCGGAAUGAGGGGGUUGUCAGUGGCGAGGACUACGAGGAGUUGGACAGGUACAACCACCAGGGUCGCGCAGGCCGGGCCAGCGGCCGUGGAGCCCAGCAGAGCCGCCGAGGAAGCUGGAGGUACAAGAGGUGGGAGGAUUCACGUGCCACUGAACAGCAGCAGCAGCAGCAGCAGCAGCAGCAGCAGCAGCAGGAGACACGCAGGAGCGAGGACCAGGUGGAGGGCAGCAGGCCCAGAAAGGAGGAGGCAGUGGUGCGGGGGCCUGAGGAGCCCAGGGGCCCCCGGCGUCCGGCCCGGACUCAGGGUGAAGGCCCAGGCCCCAAAGAAUCCUCGACAAACGGUCCUGUGAGCCAAGAGGCCUUCCCAGCAACCGGCUUGGCUGUGGGGACCGCACUUCCAAGCACUCUCCCACCCCCGACUUCGAAGCUCAAGGAUGAAGACUUUCCCAGUCUCUGUGCCUCUGCUUCCUCCUCCUCCUCCACCGCAGCAGCCCUGGGCCCUGUGGGGCUGCCACUGGCAUACGCGGUUCCCAGCAGGGGCAGGAGCACCUUCCAGGAGGACGACUUCCCUGCCCUGGUGUCCUCUGCUUCCAAGCCCACCGCUGCCCCCACCAGCCUCAUCUCUGCCUGGAACAGCAGUGGCAGCAAGAAAGUGGCACAUCCCACCACUGGGGCCCAGUCUGCUGGUGGGAGCAGCCAGCCCUCCAGGAAGGCUGGGAAGGGGGGCAAGGGUGGCAAAAAGGGUGGGCCGCCCCCGGUGGAGGAGGAGGAGGAGGAGGAUGGCCGCACUGGCCUCACCGCCCAGGAGCUGCGGAGCGUGCCCACAACAGUCACUGUCUCCUCCCUGCUGGCACUGGCCUCCACCCAGACCUUCACCAAGGUUGGCAAGAAGAAGAAAGUGGGCUCUGAGAAGCUGGGUGCCGCAUCUCCCCCGCCACUGCCCUCUGACAAAGAUGGGUCCCCUGGGGCUGAGCAGGCCCCCACAGCCCCCACUGGCAGGGCUGAGGGGCCAGUUGCUGUUGUCGUCAAUGGACACACAGAAGGGCCGGUCCCAGCUCGGAGCACUCCCAAGGAACCCCCUGGGCUCCCAAGGCCCCAGGGGCCCCUCCCUUGCCCCACACCCCAGGAAGACUUCCCAGCGCUCGGCGGCCCCUGCCCGCCCAGGAUGCCCCCGCCCCCAGGCUUCAACACUGUGGUGCUUCUGAAGGGCACUCCACCCCCGCCUCCGCCAGGUCUCGUGCCCCCCAUCAGCAAGCCGCCCCCUGGCUUCUCCGGCCUUCUGCCCAGCCCCCACCCAGCCUGUGUCCCCAGCACUACCACCACCACAAAAGCACCUAGGCUGACAACCAUGCCACGGGCCUACCUGGUCCCUGAGAACUUCCGGGAGAGGAACCUGCAGCUCAUCCAGUCUAUCAAGGACUUCCUGCAGAGCGAUGAGGCCCGCUUCAACAAAUUCAAGAGCCACUCGGGGGAAUUUAGACAGGGUGUGAUCUCCGCAGCCCAGUAUUACAAGAGCUGCCGGGACCUGCUCGGGGAGAACUUCCAGAAGAUCUUCAAUGAGCUGCUGGUGCUCCUGCCCGACACGGCCAAGCAGCAGGAGCUGCUGUCUGCGCACACGGACUUCCGAGGCCGAGAGAGGCCUCCCGGCACCAAGGCCAAGAAGAACAAGAAGAAUGCAUGGCAGGCCAGCACCCGGCAGACGGGCCUGGACUGCUGCGUGUGCCCCACUUGCCAGCAGGUGCUCGCGCACGGUGAUGUCAGGAGCCACCAGGCGCUGCACGCCGCCCGGGAUGAUGACUUCCCCUCCCUGCAAGCCAUUGCCAGGAUCCUCACGUAGCUCCCGCCAGUGUGGGCAGAAGUUGCCAUACUCAUGAGCCUCCUUUCUCCUUCCUUCUCCCACUGGGCUGCCAAGCAGCCAGGUGAGGCCACCUAUUCAGGUCCUGCAGCUGACCAGCCCCCCAGGGGUCACCAGGAAAGCCCACCCCACCCUGUCAGCACACCAUCACGCAGGAGUCCAUCUGGUUUUCUCCUGGGAACUGGGGAAGGCCCCUGCCUUAGCAGCAGGCCAGUCUGGGUUAUUCUCAUGCUUUGGGAAGGGCCAGGACGCCGGGACCUGUCUGUGGUGUCAGAGUGAGUGGCCACGGUGGCCUAAUUUGGGACCUCCUGAACCUGAGGGCUGUAGCAUCAUGGUCCCUGAGCCAGAAGCUGUGGGUCCACUGGUGUUGGAGUCAGAUAUUGAGUGUGUUGUGUAAACAGUUGAAUGUUUCAUGAUUCAAGAAUGUUCAGGAUUAAAAGCAGACACGAAAUCGUGCUACUUGAAGUUGAAUCUUUUUACGAGACGAGCUGAAUCUGGGAUCUCAAAUUGCCUCUGACCUUUUAUAAGACAAUUUAUCUUUAAAUAAAUUUAUUUUGCAAUAAUGCA